AAUUAUUAAAAAUGGCAUCAACAAUUAGUAAGGAAUGGUUCGAUUCGCUAACCUUCGAAUUGAACACAGAACAGAUCUAUGCUGUUAAUAAGUUACUAGGAGACUCCCAAUUUCGAUUUGUACCUCUUAACGAAGCUAGUAAGAACCUGAAGAAGCUGAAAGACAAAGCUCAACUCUAUGGGCCUCCAAGGAAGGGAGGUAAAAUAUGCACAGCGACUAAAACUCCACAUGAAAAUUCUUCAAGUUUGUCUGAUAACUCUCCAGUUCAGCAUCAGAUAGCACCAAAACCAGAAAAUAAGCAACCAGCUUCGGAUGACCCUAAGGAAGCCAUAAAGAAUCUAUUUACUAAGCUUUCAAAAAUCGUUCGAAGCGAUUUCCCUCAGAUCUCGAGUUCAUUUGACUUCGAGAUCCUGGAAAGAGGAAUCUCUAGAGGCUAUUUUAUUAAUGUAGAUGAGUUCAGAGUUGCUGCAAAGCAAGUCAUCAGAGCAACAGCCAGAAAAUAUAAGAACCUCAAGUUUGACUACCUCAUGAAGUUCCAAGAAAUGCCUCCUCCACCAAAAAUUAAUCAUCCAACCCACACACAGCCAAGAGCCAACAUAAAGCCUAAUAUGGAAUUAUCCAAGAAGAUAGACAACGAUGACGAUGAUGACAACAGUGGCUCAUUGUUCGACUCAAACGAAGUUUCUAAGGAAAGCGAAAGUCUAUCACAGAACAAAAAUAAAUCUAUCAAGAGAAGAAAGAUCACAGAAGAUGAUAAGGUCGAGCACCUCCUUUCUAAUAGUAACUCUAAUUCCCAGCAACAGGUAAAUCAAGUCAAGCCAAGAGAAGAAAUCAAGCAGCCUCCUCAAGAUCCUCACAAAGACCAGAAUAUGGAUGCUGACAUGGCCAGGCUUGAGAGCCUUGACAUACCCAAAGUUGGAAGACAGCCUGACAAACACAAAGAUCAUCCCAUGGAAACUGAUCAUGACCAAAAGCCCCAAGCAGAUGCUAAUCAGCAAGCAAGAGACCCAGAGAAGCCUGUCAGAGUUCCAGAAGAUAUGAGGAUUCCUCCAUCUCAGCCUCAUGUGAAUCCUCAUCUGACCGAGGCUCCACUUCGAGAUGCUCCUUCAAGUCAGCCUCUAAGAGCUCCGCAGGCAAGCCCGAUCCAUGAGAUCGAAACAGCUAAGAAGGGCAAACAUGUGGCUCCAGAAGUGAUAAGACCCGAUAAUGACGUUGAUAUGAGCAAGAACAUGUUUGAAAAUAAAUCCGAUCGCCCUAAAAUGCAGCAAGAGCGAGCCCAGGUAGUAACUACACCUCAGUUUACAGAGCAGGUACCGCAGAGAAAAGACAAGGCUGUUGUACACAAAAGCAUUUCUGAAAUAAAGAAGGAGAAUGAUGCACCUAAUCACCUAGACAGAAAGGGAAGAGCUAAUGAUCUUUCUGCUAAAUAAAUUGAAAUUCAUCGACAAGUAUUCAACCAGCCAGGGAAGGAAAGAACUCGGGAACAUGAUACGGAGGAUUUCUGGUCCUCAAGUCCAAGGCAUUGUCAGACUGAUGAGGCAAUUUCACGUUGGAAACAAAGAAGGAAAAGAGUUCAAGUUCAGCCUCAACACCCUGACACCUGCGCAAUGAGCCAGAGUUGGCAUGCUGAUCGAAGGAAUAAGCGACCCUGGCAGCGCUAGUUCCACUGGAAGAGCUCAGACUGGGAAGCCUGGAAGUCAUGGAGAGCGAAGCUCCUCAGCAGUUGGGUCUCAAGAUGCCUCAGGCGCAGGAAGAGUUUCUGAAAGAGAACGAGAAAUAGAAAGACGCAAGAGAGCCGAAGAAGAAGCCAGGUAUAAAGAAAGACGUAAAUAAAGAACAUGAAAUGAAACUGCAAGAAAGGAAGAAGGAUGAACUCAGAAGAAAAGAACAAGAACAGCGUAAAGAAGAAAACAGAAAAUUCAAAGAGCAGCAAGAGCUCCUGAGAAGACAGGAACAUGAAAGACAGCAAGAAAGUGAUCCCCAUGAACCAAGUUAUGAAAGCAAAUCUCCUGUGCCUCCAACAACUUCUGAACAACAAGAAGCAGCGAGAGUGAAGGCUCAUCAAGAGCAACUUGAACAGAAGCGGCUCGAAGAAGAGAAAAGGAAACAGGCAGAAGCUGAGCGAGAGCGAAUAGAGCAGGAACGCAGAAAAGCUGAAGAAGACAAGCGCAGAAAAGCAGAAGAACUUCGAAAAUCUGAAGAACAAGAACGCCAGCGUGGACUAGCGAAGCUCCGCCUUGAAGAAGAAAGACACGCAGAGAAGAAGAGAGAAAGCGACUCGAGCUCAUCAAACAAAAGGAAGAAGAACGGAGGCGUCAAGAAAAUUCAAGCCCAAGCAAGAAAAGCUCCUAAGGCUUGAGAAGAAGAACGAGGAAAAAGAGAGCAAGAAGAACUCAGAAAGAGAGAAGAAGAGCGCAGAAGGCAGCAAGAGCUCCAGCAAAAGAAGAAGGAGGAAGAGCAGAGGAGGAUCAGAGAAGAGCAGGAGCGCAGGAAGAGAGAAAUGGAAGAACUACGCAUAAGAGAAGAAGAACAACGCAGGAGGCAGCAAGAAGAAGAAGACCGUAAGAGACAAGAACUCCAAAGGAAGCUCAAAGAAGAUGAAGAGCGGAGGCUAAAAGCCGAACAAGAACGCAAGCAAAGGGAAGAAGAACAGCGCAGGAUCAGAGAGGAGCAAGAGCGACAGCGUAGAGAAGAAGAGCAGAAAAGACUCCGGGAAGAACAGGAGCGGAAGAGGAAGCAAGAAGAAGAGCGUAAACGCAAAGAGGAAGAAGAACGCAAGCGCAAGGAGGAGGAAGAAGAGCGCAAGCGCAAAGAGCAGGAAGAGCUAAGGCUCAGAGAAGAGCAAGAACGCAAACGCCGAGAGGAGGAAGAACGUAGGAGAAUUGAAGAAGAACGUAGAAGAAUGGAAGAAGAACGUAAGAGGAAAGAAGAGGAGGAGCGUAAACGUAAAGAGGAACAAGAAAGACUUAGGAGAGAAGAAGAAGCCAGAAGAGAACAAGAAAGACUGAGGAAACUUGAGCAAGAACGGCUCAGACAAGAAGCUCUCAGGAAAGCGGAAGAAGAGCGUCUCAGAAAGGAAAAGCAGGAAGCUCUCCGCAAGGCACAAGAACAGCGCAAGCUUGAAGAGCAACAAGAGCGAGAGAGGCUCGAACAACAAAGAAGAGAACAGCAGAGACUCGAGCAAGAAAGACUUGAACGACAGAGGCUUGAGCAGCAGAGGCUUGAGCAACAGAGGCUUGAACAACAGAGACUGGAGCAGCAAAAACUUGAAGAGCAAAGACUAAUAGAACAGCAGCGGAUGAAAGAAGAACAAGACAAAAUUGAACGAGAAAAGCAACAAAAAGAAGAGCAAGAGAGAGCUGACAAAGAGCAAGAAGAGCAAUCUAUCACCCCUCGGCCGAUUAGUGGAGGAAAAGGCAAGGGUCCCUUCCAGAUGCCAGGAGGAAAGCUUGGAGCAAGUGGACAAUCAGAAGAUGAUGACAUGGAAGAUAUGAAAGAGGAUGAAUCCGAAGAAAGCCACAUCUCAGAAAAUGAUGGAUUAGAUAAUCCUAUGAUAAAUAUACAUGCUCCAAUGCAUUCUAGUAGUAACAUGAAUUACCAAAAAGUGCAAGAGGUUAUGGAGAACAGCUCAGGAUCUGAAUCUGAUCAAGGGGAAUCUUUAUUCCAGCGCUACCUUAAGUCAGAAAAACAAAAGAAAGAACAUGUCCAAAGGUCAGAUUCAAAUGUAAAUGAGAUGGAUAUGUCUCCUCUAAAGACACCUAUUGCUUCUUCAUUUAAUAUUGAUGAGCCUACUCCAAAGGCACAUCGUCAAGAUGAUUCUGAACCUGCCAAAUUAUCUCAUCCUUCAGCUGAAGAGAAUCAAGGGAAGGAGCCUGGGGAAUUAACUCCUGUUAAAGACCUCAAAACUCCUAUUGAUUCUUUCAAACUAUCUCAAAAUCAAGGACGGGACUUGCUGAAAUUUGAUAAUCAAGAUGAUGAAAUUGAUAUGGAGAUCGAUGAUGGUUCUAAAGACAACGAAAUCAUGAUCAAUGAUAACUCAGGGUCGAAACUAGACUCUCUGUAUAACCAAGACCAGGUUGAGCCUGGCCAAGUCAAUGAAAAUAAACAUUAUGACUCUGACAUGCUAGAUUCACCUCAGAAUCCAAUCGAAAUUGAUGAAAAUGGGGAAAUCAAGAUCUCUACUAAAGGCAAAGGUAAGUCUUUUAUAAGGGAUGAAACUCCUGACAAAGAAAUGGCUCAUCAAUCUAUCCUUAUUGAUGAAGACUCUCAAGGAGACAAGAAAAGCCAAGAGGAGCAAAAGAGAAGAGAGAAGUCAAGCUCGCCAGAAAACUUGAUAAUUCAGAAGAGCAAAGAUCAUCAAAUUUAUCCAGAGAAUUCUCACACUCACCCAAAAAGUCCAGAUCAUCAAGCUCUCCAAAGAAGCGAAGAUCAGAAUGAUCUCCAGAAAAGCAUUCCAAGAGAAAAUCCUGAAAAGAAUCAGGAAGAAGCUCCAGUAAGCAUUCCAGUGAGCGAAGGAAAUUUUAAGAGACAUAAAGAGCUAGAGAAGUUACCUGCCGAAGAGGAAAAUACUCCACAGCUUCAACAAGAAAUUGGUAAGCCUAAUUCUGACACAGAACCUCCCCGCGUUGGGAACCCGAAAAACUCCAAUUCUGAAAAGAGCUGCAAACAAAUGAACUCUGAUGAGGAGGAAGAGAGCGUGUCUGAAGUCAGUGAGGACGACAAGGAUCAGCAGAUACUCCCCCAGCUUGAAGACAACUACAAACUCCCAGAAAGCAUCAACAAAUAUCAAGAUGUUCCCAACCUUGAAGGAGAUGAGGUUGAAGAAGAUGAAGAAGAUGAUGAAGACAAAGAUCUCGGGUUAGGCUCCAAACUCUGGGCUAGCUAUGAACAGAUGAGCAAGAAAAAUAACCCAGAAGAACCAGUCAGAUUGGAUAAUGAUGCUUUCGAUGAGGACUGAUACAAUGAUGGAUCAGAUGAAGUCGCAGGCGCUGGGGAUGAAUUAGACCUUAGCCAACUUCAAGAUUUAUAAGUAAAACAUUGACUCCCACCAAACUCUUCUCUUAUGUUCAACAUUAAUUCUA